UGAUCGAACUUGAGAAAAUGGCGGAUUUGUUUUUCAAUCUUCGAGCCGAAUCUUACUUUUUCGUAGGAAAACACAUCGUGUGCCGAGAUGCACAAUGGCACGACAAGCUCACUACCGCCGGAACAAAAUUCUACCUUGCAUCAUGAAGACGCCGCCGGCGGAGAAUCCAUCCAUCUCUUGCCGUCUGAUUAUGUUGGUGAUGAGGAGAAAGUCACGGGAAUCGAAAUUGAGGCUGUGGAUUCGACGGGGCAGGUCCCGCCGCCGUUCUCCUGGAGGAAGCUAUUGGAGUUCGCCGGACCAGGGUUGUUGAUGAGCGUGGCAUUUCUGGAUCCGGGGAACCUUGAGGGAGACCUCCAAGCCGGUGCAAUUGCCGGCUACUCUCUCCUAUGGCUCUUGAUGUGGUCAACCAUAAUGGGCCUUGUAAUCCAGCUAUUGUCCCUCCGCCUCGGCGUCGCCACCGGCCGCCACUUAGCCGAGCUCAGCCGCGAGGAGUAUCCCUACUGGGCCUCGAUUCUUCUUUGGUUCAUGGCUGAGGUGGCCUUAAUUGGGGCGGAUAUACAAGAAGUGAUUGGCAGCGCUAUUGCCAUCAACAUUCUCAGCAAUGGCUUCGUCCCUAUCUGGGGUGGAGUCCUAAUCACUGCCUUUGAUUGGUAAAUCUCUCACUUGCUUUUCGAGUUUUAUAUUCUUGUUUCUUGAAAACUAUGGAGUGCGGAAGCUAGAAGCAUUUUUCGCUGUUUUGAUGACAACAAUGGCACUGUCCUUUGCAUGGAUGUUUAUAGACACAAGACCGAGUGGAGAAGAACUCAUGUUAGGUCUUUUUCUACCAAGGCUUAGCGCAAACACAAUCCAAAAGGCGGUUGGAGUUGUGGGGUGUGUGAUUACACCCCAUAAUGUGUUCCUAUACUCUGCAUUGGUGCAGUCAAGAAAAAUUGAUCCAACCAAGAAAGGGAAAGUGCAAGAGGCUCUGAACUAUUACACCAUUGAGUCCUCCACAGCCAUUCUUGUCUCAUUCACACUAAACCUGGCGGUGACAACUAUUUUUGCCAAGGGGUUCUAUGGAACUUCUCGGGCAGAGAAUAUAGGGCUUGUAAAUGCAGGGCAGUACCUUCAAGAAAGAUAUGGCAGCGGGUCAUUCCCGAUUUUGUACAUAUGGGGUGUUGGCCUUCUGGCUGCUGGACAGAGUAGUACCAUGACUGGUACAUACGCGGGACAGUUCAUAAUGGAAGGCUUUCUCAAUCUAAGGAUGAAGAAAUGGGUUAGAUCAGUGAUAACCAGAAGCUGUGCUAUCAUUCCAACCAUUGUGGUUGCUGUUGUGUUCAAUAGGUCUCAAGAUUCAUUGGAUUCCUUAAAUGAAUGGCUUAAUGUGGUUCAAGGGAUGCAGAUACCAUUCGCGAUAAUACCUCUUUUGACACUGGUGUCAAAUGAGCGGAUCAUGGGAGUCUUCAAAAUUGGAACCACGAUUGAGGUAAAACAAAAUGCCACAAAUAGGAUUGAAUCUUGGCAUCUUUCUACAAAUAGGACUAGGAAAACUCAAUUAUUUAAAGUAGAUGGUUUGACAAAAAUACCUCUACCCGCUCUUUGAUUCAAUGACCACCGCCGCUGGCCAACCCCACAUAUCGUGUCCACCACGCCUCUGGUCACUUCGGUUGACCAUUGCUGACUAAAUAUUUCCACUCUUCCCAGUUAAACUGGAAUAGGCAGCGGGAACAGAACCAAACUCGUGGUCUAGGAACCGUUUGGAACCCUGACUAGCUUGGUUUGGUUUUAUGAAAAUCUAGAACCUGAAUAGCUGGUCCCAGUUUUGAACAGGACGGUUCCAGUUUGAAACUGGGAAAAAGUGUAGGAAAAGAACGGAACUGGACAUGGCACAUGGCAGUACACAGCAUUUCAGGAGUGCAAGGAUGUUCAUGACUGCAAAAUACAUUGCCUUAUUUUCUUGAUUUUGUCCUUUGAAUUUUCUGCCAUACCUGAUUGUUUCUUAUGUGCUACAGAGGAUUGUUUGGAGUAUUGCAGCCAUGGUAAUAAUGAUCAAUGGGUAUGUUAUGCUCAGCUUCUUCCUUUCUCAGGUUCAUGGAUUUGUUUUUGGUAUUGUGGUGUUUAUGGUGGCCUCGGGAUAUGUGGGCUUCAUCGCCUAUCUUAUAUCGUGCCAUGGUGGUGGUCAAAGCAAGCUCAGUGCCAGUGGAUUUUCACGCUUAGAAGGCUAGAACGUGUGCCAACAAUCUUCCAAGUGAGUCUUUUGAAAAUUUUGAUCAUGGCAGAGCUGCCAUAGCCACGUUCCAUGACUGAGAAGCAGCGUAGAGAUGGCAGUCAAAGAUAGAAUGACGUUGGCUGUAAUUUGUUGAAAAUAGAAAGCAAUGCGCUUUUUACUCCAAAAUCCAAAUACAAACUGGUUAUAUAUGUAUAUACGAAUACGCUGACCUGUCUGAAUCUGUUUUUAUAAAAAACUUUUUUAAUUUGAAUUGUGAGUUGAUUUGAAGAGUAUAGUUUAUUUUUUUUUUGCGAGGAAAGAGUAUAGUUUAAUAGCUGUGUACUACAAAUACUUGUUUCGUAAAGGAUAAAAAAGGCUGAAUUUACGCAGUGUAUUGAAACUGUUGAAAUUACGAGUGGAA